UUUACAAGCGUAAUGUUUUGACAAGUUCUGAGAAUAGUGACAGAAAAAAGUAAAUUAAAUAAAUGUUUUAAGACUAAAAAUGAUUACGGUUACGAAGAAGCUUCGCGUGUGCUCAUUUACAAUAAAUGAAAUGGUUUUAAGGUUAUAAAGAUUUUCGUAGAAUUAAACUUUGAUACCUUUUAACCUAUCCGUUUCAUUGAAUCAUUUAUUAAUACAUCGUAAAUUUUUCUUUUUCGUGUAUUUUAAUCGUAUAAGUUUGUUCGUGUGAUGACUACAAUGCCCAAUUUUACUCCAGAAAUUGCGAAAGCUAUUUUGACCGAUGUUCUGACAGCAUUAAAUACUCCAGAAAAUGUACAGAAACUCACAGAGGCAAAGGAGAAUUCUGGUAACGAAAUGCUCAAAAUGAUGCAGUUUGUUUUUCCGAUUGUAGUGCAGAUCCAAAUGGAUGUUAUUAAAAAUUAUGGAUUUCCAGAGGGACGAGAAGGUACAGUUCAAUUUGCCCAAUUACUCAGAACUUUAGAAAGAGAAGACCCUGAAAUAGCACAAUUACAUAGUCAAGUUCACUCAUAUUUUCUCCCACCAGUUACUAUAAGUUCCUCGACUGAAGCAUCGCUUUAAAAUAAAAUGAUUUACAUGUAAUGGCAAUUUGCUUUUUCCUUAAUUUUUUCCUUCAUUUAAUAUAGUAAGAGACAUACUAAUUUUCACACUCGAUUUAAAAUAAUCUUCAAUUAUUUUUCUCAAAAAUUUCUUGAAUCUCAGAAACAUUAAUUUUAAUCGAAAAAUAUUAAUUAUCAAUUGUAAUAUAUUCUAGAAGAAAGAUAUACAAGGGACUUCAAAUUAAAUAUUUAAUCAGAAAAAUUAAAAAUUUUUACAUUUAUUUGUAUAAUAAUAAUAAUAAUAAUAAUAUAAUAAUAAUAAUAUAAUCUACUAAAAUAUAUAAUAUUCAUUCAUAAAUGUCCUUUGAAUUUUUUCUGCACUUACACCAACUCUAAAAACUAAACAGUGUUCCAUUGUUCGCGUAAAAAUGAAGCGUGUGCAUCACACCGUUAACAUGCAGAAGAGUAACAAUUAUUUGUUUUCGUAUUUUAAAAAUACAUAUUUGCAAGAUACAAAUAACAAGUGUAAACGACUAACAAAUCGAAGAAAAAGAUCGUAGACGUUAAAUUGCACAUUUAGCAGAUACGAUGACUAAGUAUCGUGGCUUCCCUAUAAAAAGCAGUGAAUGCAGAUCAUUGUACGUCGGUGUACAUCAGUUUGCGUGUAUCAAAGUGACUUCCCGCCCUUACUGCUUAACUUCAUAUUUUCGCGAACAUCUGGAUAAAUACAUAUUAAAUAUACAAUUUCAAUCAUACAAGCAAGUAUGUUGAAAAUGCAUAAAGAAACAAAUUAAUUUAAUGAAGAAUAAUACAAUGGAAUUAUUUAAGCGAUAUUUACUUAUAACAGAAAUUUAAAUCGCGUACAAUUCAUGUAUGAUUCACUUAGGACAAGCAGGCAAAUACAGUUCCCCUUUGCCAAUCGUUGAAUCCACGAAACUGUUUUCUCGUAUAAAAAUUGUAAAAUGCGUUAAUAGUUUUAAAAACGAAAUGCUGAGUUGGUAUCGACACUACCUUGGAAAGUAGUUCAUUAAAAACGUUACUAAUAAAUACAUAUUUUGAUUAUCGACUACCAUCGUUAAGAAAGACGAACAUCAUACCGGUGUUCAUGGAGUGGUCAUUGAUAGUCUCACUCGCUCGAAUGUGAAAAGUAUGGAUGUAAAAUAACGAACUCAGCAAUGUCCCCCCCCCCCCCCC